AUGUCAUUUUCAUGGCCAUCAAGUUACCUACUAUCACUUUCCAUCCUGACUGCAACUCUCCUAACGACAGAGAACGGUGCCGAUGGAUUGGUGUCGGUGAGGAGGAAGGGCAUAAGGGUGAGGUGGCCCGGCCCGGUGAACUGGUACCGGUGCGAAACAUACUAUACGGGAUACUGCAGGGAGUCUCCGAGCAGGUGGUGGCCGUGCACAGGAAAUUAUUGCUAUGUACUCAUACUGGACAACUCCCUCAGUAGGUACUACCACGCAAAAAAAGAAGUUGAAGAGGAAUGCAAGCCGAACACGAAGCUGGUUGAAUUCUCCACAAAACUCGACGUACAGACGCAUUGUGCCGCAUCAUUUACUGUGAUAGUCUUUGAGUUUCGAAUAGACAGUAUUCGAACCAGAUGA